GCCGGUUGUCAGCCACUGAUUAUAAGUUAUUAUCAGUUGCUUUGGAUAACUGUCUGAUAACAACCGCUGUGUGACAACUGUAUCACGCGGGGCACGGACGGCCACCGCGUCCUUAUUUCAGUAGCGCCUGAGUCAAAACGUAAUAAGCGGUGUGUUUUGUUACUUUGCGACUGGUGUCAUAAACUACGAGUGUUGGUGGAAUUGCAAAUCAAUAUGCCUCGACGUUUUGAUAGUGUUUGGGAACAUUUCUUAGUAGUCUCUGAACGUGAUCGGAAAAAACAUGUAACGUGUAAUUAUUGCGAUCAAGAAUAUAAAUUUGCCCAGUCUAAUAGACUUAAAGAACAUUUGAUGAAAUGCCAACAGUGUCCUCGCGAAGUAAGAGUACUGUACAAUUCGGGAAAACGUAAUAAAUUGGCAUUUUCAACUCCGCUUCUUUCACCAUCGACAUCGCAAAGCACAUGUACAACAGAAUCAGCUUUGCUAACUCCGUCCACUUCGACCACGGUGAUGGUACCAGACUCACCUUUAUUACUUGACAAUAACAAUUCAUCAUCACAAUAUAGUCACGAAGAUGUCGACACUCUUCUGGCAAGAGCUAUUUAUGCCAGCGGUGUUCCCUUGUCCUUGUUACAAUCUGAAUACUGGCAAGAGGUUUUUAAACUUCUCAAUCCAACGUAUACAGUUCCAUCCAUACAUUGUUUAAGUAAUCCACUUUUAGAAGCUGAAUACUUGCGAAUCAAGAAGGAAAUGGAUGCUAAAAUAAAGAAAGCUGCAUCUCUUGCUUUGAUAAUGGAUGGAUGGACUAACGUCACUGGUAAAGGGGUUAUCAAUUUUAUUGUAACCACGCCAAAACCAAUUCUUUUAAACGCCAUACUUCCGGCAACACAAAAAGACACUGCUUACUUUAUGAGUGAAAAAAUAAUUAACAUCCUUACGGAGGUGGGCCCUACCAAAUUUGUCGCCGUUAUUACAGACAAUGCUGCCAACAUGAAAGCAGUCUGGAGGAUUGUCACAAAAAAAUAUACCCAUAUCACUUGUGUAGGAUGCGUAAGCCAUUGUUUAAACUUAAUGUUUAAGGAUGUUUUUAAGAUAGCCUUUUUUGGGGAUAUCCUAGAGAAUGUCAUUGAAAUUAUCAAACACAUAAAAAAGUCACACGCUCUCUUAGUGUUGUUUGAAAAGUGUCAAACUGAAAAAUACGGUAAAAUUUCGUGUAAACUUAAAUUGUAUUCUGAAACGAGGUGGAGUGGGGCAUUCGUCACGCUUCAAACGUUCAAGGAAAACAGACUGGCUCUCGAGUUGAUGACAAGAUCUCACGAAGUAAACAUCACGCCACAAAUAAAAGACUUUAUUUUGGACUUUCAGUCAUGGGCAAAAAUUGAAAACGCUUUUAUAGUUCUGCAACCAAUAGCCUACGCUAUCCUUGCAUCUGAAAGGGACAAUGCUUUGCUCUCUGAUGUGCCUCAUAUUUUCAAAGAACUUUAUCAAACUGUAAUCAAACAAUUGCAAUCAACAAUUUUUUUAAGUGAAGAGGACAAGAAUAUGGUUAUGGCCUCUAUCGAAAAACGCAAAGAUUUUUGUUUGCAGCCAAUACACUACGCGGCUCACCAAUUGGAUCCGCGAUAUUGCGGCAUCGAUUUAACUGAUGACGAGAUAGCUAUGGCUUCUGAGUACUUGUGUCGAGCUGCUACAACUUCAGGCGUAGAUGCAGGAAAAGUCAUCAAAAGUAUGGCAGAAUUUAAACAUAAAGAAAACUUUUAUGAUGAGAGAAAAGCCAUGUGGGUUCCAGUGAAUGACCUUGAGCCAACAUUAUGGUGGCGAACAUUUGCUGGUAACCAAGAUGUUGCGAGUAUAGCUAUUAAAAUUCUUAGCGUCCCACCGUCGUCAUCUGCUUGUGAACGCAACUGGAGCCUUUUUGGAAGAACUCAUACUAAAAUCAGAAAUCAGUUGAAUAACUCAAGAGCCCUCAAACUAACAUAUAUUCGUUCAAAUAUGAAGUUACUUCAAAAAGAGAGUGCACCUACAUUUAUUGACAGUUCUGAAGAUGAUCUAAAUGAAAGUAAUCAAUCUGACAAUGACAGUGUAUGA